AGCCAACUCCAAGGUGGACAGACUGGAUGGCUGGCUGGCUGAGGGAAGUUAUUUCCGCGGGGUUGCAUUAAGCUUUUUUCAUCAUGAAGGCAUGUCGUUGAAGCAGUCGGACUUUGACCUUCGCCGGAACGAUUUCGGUUCCGUCCUCGGCUUCCACUUUCGUAUCCUCAUCUUUCUUCUCUUCUCGAAACUUGAAGUUGGUUUCGUACUUCACUUGAUCAUGCCUUUUUGAGUGUUAGCAUUGUGUUCGUCGUGCUGUUUCCUAGUGCCAUGGCGGCGUCUAUCGUGGAUCGCUUGCGCGACGCUGCUCUUCGGUGCUGUCAGGAAGCGAGGGCGCCCCUGUUAUUAGAACUUUUGCCUCGUGGAGUGUGGCCGGAAUGAUCGACUGCCUGCGCCGUGGUUUUCGUGGAGAUUGUGCCACAGCUGGUUUUUUCUUGCGUUACCACCCUAGUAAUGUUUUUGGAUUGGGUCAGGAUGAGGAAAUUGAGGACUUGAAAGCCUCGACUCAAGACUUUUUGGAUAUGCUCGAAAGCCCACUCAAUAACCUGGAGCUCAGGAAAGAAUCGUCAGCGAAUUGGCUUGCCCAGUGCGAGCAAGUGCUGCAGGAGGCUGUGGAUUUGUUGGAUCCAUCUUUGCCUUCUGGCUUGGUUCUAUGUGAGAAGAUAGGAUUGGAGCUGCCGAAGGUGGCGGUAAAGUUCGUCAGUCUGUCUCAAGCUUGCCAAGAUCACUGUCUUAGCAUCAUCGAGGAUUUGGCUGAAAAUUGCAGCCCUCGUGAAAUGUUCGCAGCCUUCAUGGAGGCCCUAAACAUGUACACAACGUCAGAGACUUUGAUCUGUUGUAUUCCUCUCGUACAGGGGCUCUCUAUAGUGUUUUCGCGUCUAAAGAGGCGCCAAGGUCAGUUUUUUCAGGAGGCAAGUAUAGGGCUUCUUGCACUGGUGCGCUUGGCUGCGCAAGAUGAGGGGGGUGAAGAGGAGGAAGAGACUCCCAUGGAGACGGUUCAGGGGAUGGAUGGGCACAACGUCUUUACCCUCGGGCAAGUUCGUGCAGCAAUCGUGAAUGACAUUGUGCAGCUUGCCCAGACUGUCAGAGAAACUUGCGAUACUGUGGGUGUUGUCGAACAGCGGGAAUAUUUUCAGCAAAGACUUGGAAUGUUUGCCCUUCAGAUUCUGGGUAUCACAGGGGAAAAGGUUGCAUGUCCAGGAACUGAAGUUCCAGUGUCAGUAAUGGAGCUUGCGGAGCUCUUGCCCUUUUGUGGUCUUUCUUUGCUUCGGCUGCUCACAGGUGAUCAGAUUGAAGAUCUUAUUGAGACAACAUCUGAUGAAAUUUCUGAGCAGGUGAAUGGGAAGAAUACGAAAAAAUUAGAAGCUUCAAAAGGAGCCGCGCUUGCAGUGUACUGGACUCUAUUCAAUAACCAAGUAGCAGAAGCAGCCGAAGUGACCCUGAAAUCUAUCAAAGAAGUUCUCCAGUUCAGUGGGAGAAGAGGGAUAGUAGCUGCAUUAUCCGUUGCCGCAUCACUAUUAACAGGACAGUCAUCAAGGCCCUUGUCAUCAGUUGCUGCAAAAGGGUUGGCGCUUGUUGAUACGAUUCUUGAAUUGGUGUCUUCCUUGACAUACUCCUUCGAUGAUGAAGAAGCAGAACGCUGGCUGGCACUGGUCUUACGAAUUAUACCUACUCUUCAGAGACUUCAAAAUGUAGUUGUUUACGCACUCAAUGUAGAGAUGAGACGCCAAGGUUAUGCUGCCUUCAAAAAGGUGAUCCAAGAUGUAGUUCCAGAGGCUGCUAGGUUGCAAUGUCUACAAAUGCUCAUCAACGAUUGCGUCUCUCCAUCUCUGGUCUCACUUCAUUUAAUCCUCAUAAAAGAUGAGAUCGCUAGAGCGUGGCCUCCAAGUCCCCAGCAGCAAAAAGAACCGAUCAGAGAUGCAAAUCCUCUAAGAGAGAGGCUCCAUACUGGAGCAUUCGCAUCCCCUUUUAUCAGUAACGACGUUCUUGAUGUCAUUGGAAGUGUGUUGAGACCAAAGAAUGGGACUCCCCCCGAUUUACCAGAUCAGAUUGAUUCUGUGCAAAGUGCUCUCAACCUUUAUCGGUUCAUCCUCAUUCGAGAAUCCUCAGGAAAGACAAACCACACAGGGAUCCUAUCAAAGGAGGCUUUGACUAUGGCUCGCAAACAAUGGUUGCUACCUCUACGUGAGCACUUAGGAGGAGUGAGUGUAGGACUCAUGGGCGAAGCUGACGAAAUGUCUAGUGCCAUGGCACUAGCCAUAGACAAUUUGCAAAGUGUGGUUUAUCGAUGUCUUGAACUUAACGAAGAAGUAUUCGCUCAGCUAUAGUAUAUCAUUUUGAAAGUGGAUAAGCAUUUGUUAUUUAUUUGCAAUUGUAACAAAUAAAAAAAAUCUUGCUUCA